AUGGACACGGGAAGUUUUCUUACUUGGAUUCAGUGUCAGCCAUGUCGCACCAAAUGCCUCGAGCAAGAUGGCAGCAUAUUUAACCCUUCGGCCUCAACAUCGUACAAGCUUUUAACGUGUGAAUAUGACGACGAGUGCCCGGAAAAGGGUACUGUCAGUUGCAACUAUCGCCGAGAUGUUUUUGAGUAUAAGAUUGUGUAUGAAGAUGGGUCAUUUAGCAAGGGUGAUUACGUCAAUGAAACAAUGCAUUUUUAUGAUUCCGGUUCGGUUCCAAGUCUAACUAUGGGAUGCGGUCAAUAUCAGAAUGGGUCAUACGGCUAUGCCGGAGGAAUAACGUUAUCCACUCUUGAGUACAAUGUGCAAGCACCACUAAAUUCUAUCACAAUUCCGUUUACAAUCGGUCAUGGUGGCAUUUAUUAUAUCAAGGUAACAGGGUUCAUUGUUGGAAACCAAAUCUUGAAUAUACCACCAGAAGAUUUUUCCACUAUACCUUAUAAAAAUGGCGAGGUGGUGGUGGAUUCUGGCACGGUUAUGACUUGGUUGCCGCCUCAAGCCUAUGAAGUACUUCAGGAUGCAUUUAGAAAGGAAGCAGACAAUCUUGAUUUACAACGUGUAUAUGGGUCAUUUGAGGGCCGGGUUUGA